CCGAGGCCGCUGAGGGACCAGAGACCGAGGCCGGAGACCAGAGACCAGGGGCCGGGGCCGCAGGUUACGAGAGACCGAGGCCGGAGACCAGGGGCCGGGGGCCGGGGCCGCAGGUUACGAGAGACCGAGGCCGGAGACCAGGGGCCGGGGCCGCGGGUUACGAGAGACCGAGGCCGGAGACCAGGGGCCGGAGACCAGAGACCGGAGCGGCGCCAUGGGGAAACACAGCCGGUCUAAGAACCAGAAGAAAGCUCGGGGGAAUGCAAUUCACCUCGCACAGGAGGAGUACACCAGCGUUCCGCAUUCCUUUGUCUUCCACCGAGGUCAGAUUGGACAUAAUGUGCUGCAGUUGAUCGCAGACCUGAGACGGUUGUUGGAGCCCUUCACUGCUCGUUCACUGACGGUGCGGAAGAAGAACAUGCUGAAAGAUUUUGUCUCGGUGGCCGGGCCGCUGGGGGUGACGCAUUUCUUAAUCUUUACAAAAUCAUCGAACUGUGUCAAUUUAAAAUUGGCUCGUUUACCACGAGGCCCCACGCUGACUUUCAGAAUUUGCCAGUAUUCCCUGGUGAAGGACAUCGUCUCGUCGCUGAAGAGGCACCGGAUGCAUGAGAGCCAGUUCACCCACCACCCCCUGCUGGUGCUGAACAACUUUGGAGGGGAUGGCAUGCAUGUCAAGCUCAUGGCCACUAUGUUCCAGAACCUGUUCCCGACAAUCAACGUCUACAAGGUUGGCCUGAACACCAUCAAGCGCUGUGUCCUGAUCAACUAUAGCCCAGCCAGUCAGACCCUUGAGGUCCGCCACUUCUCCAUCAAGGUGGUUCCUGUCGGGAUGAGCCGGGGGAUAAAGAAGCUGCUGCAGGAAAAGUUCCCCAACAUGAACAGGUUUGAAGACAUCAGUGAGCUCCUGCAGAAAGGAGCCAACCUGUCGGACAGUGAGGCUGAACAGGAUGGAGACCACAACAUAACCGAGCUGCCGCAGAACUACGCCGGCCGCGGCAACCUGAAGGCCCAGCAGAGUGCCAUUCGGCUGACGGAGAUUGGCCCCCGCUUAACCCUGGAGUUGGUGAAGAUUGAGGAAGGAAUGUGCGAUGGACAAGUGAUGUAUCAUACAUUUGUUAAAAAGACAGCGGAGGAACUCCAGGAGCGGCUUGAGCAUAAAGAGAAGCAACGGGAGCUGAAGAAGGAGAGACGGAAAAAGCAAGACGAAAAUAUUCGUCGCAAGACGAAGGAGCGGGAACUGAACAAGAAGAAGAGUUUGGAUGGAAUUAGGAGGAAGACGAAUCACGAGGGUGAGGACGAGGAGGACAGCGAGGCUGAAGACCCGGGCGCUGGGGAGAACGAGGAUCGAAAUGACAAGUCUGAUGAUGAAUCAGACCGGGAGUAUUACAGGCAGCAAGUCGGAGUUGAACCAGACAACGAUCUGUUCCCGGCAGCUUUGUACAGAAAAAGGAAGAGAGACAGAUCGUCACAGUCAUUUGGACAAGCCAAGAGGUCCAAGGGCCGUGGGGAGUUUCCCAACAAGCAACGGACAACGCCAGAACAUGAAAGGAACAACAGAAGGAAGACGAUGCAAGGGAGGAAGUCGCAUCUUAUUGGCACUUCCCUGGCUAAUUCCAGAUUCAGGAGCUCGGGGCUCGGGAGUAAAAUGGCAUUUAAGGGCAAAGGUCACCAUCGUCUGGGUUCCAAUGUCAAGGUUCAACGCCCGGGCUCCAGGAUCAAGGUUCAACGUCCGGGCUCCAGGUUCACGGAUCAACGCCCAGGCUCCAGGGUCAAGGUUCAACAUCCGGGUUCCAAAGCCAAGGGUCAACGUCCGGGUGCCAAGGCCAAGGGUCAACAUCCGGGUGCCAAGGCCAAGGGUCAACGUCCGGGCGCCAAGGCCAAAGGUCAACAUCCGGGCGCCAAAGGUCAACGUCCGGGCGCCAAGGCCAAGGGUCAACGCCCGGGUUUCAAGGCCAAAGGUCAACGUCCGGGCGCCAAAGGUCAACGUCCGGGCGCCAAGGCCAAGGGUCAACGUCCAGGUUCCAGAGGCAAGGGUCGCUCUCAUUAAACGUUACAAAUGGAAUAUUAAUUUGAACAAAAUGAAUGCAAGACCAGAAGAAGUCACAUUCACAGAAAGACAAUUUGAAAUCAAUGCUUCCCCACAUUGAAACACUCAUCCAUAAGUGAAGCAUGACAAAUCUGUCAGUAAAAUUCUCGUACCGAGUCAGUGCCUUUACGGUUCUCAACUUUAUGCCAAGUAGCAUAAAGCGCAGUCUCAUGUAAUGUCAACUGUGGAGGGAAAGAAGAUUUGGUUAAAGAUCACCUCAAAGCCGAUGACUCCACUUGUGUUUCCCAGGUAUUGUUGGACUAAGAUGCGGGUGGGAUGUGACACCUGUGUUGGCUAUCGGUUAAAAUGGGGAACUACUCUGUACGUGUUGUGGGGCUACUGUUUAUCCCUCAACCUAUGUCACACAACCAGGUAACGACUUGUUGCUAAUGAUAGUUUGCUGUGCACAGCCUCAUGACUGUCUGAACCGAAAAGUAAUUUGGCAGUAAAGUGCUUCUGGAUGUGAAAUCCUGUCACAGA